ACUAAAACAAUUUAACUUCAUGCCCAAAACUACAACUAAACCUUCUAAAAGAUUACAUUUUUGUUGGAAAAAUUUUAAACUAAAUAUUAAAAGAAAAACAAAACCACAGCCAUAAGAGUUUCCAAGAAUCCACAAUAUUUUUCAUCGGCGUCUGGAAUUUCUCCGCCAGAGGCCGCAUUAGAUAUCUCUUCCCCAUCACCCUCCUCCACGCAUCGACAUCGUCAACCAUGGCCUCUAUCCCUCCGCUUCUAGACCCAUUAUCUCUCUCUCAAUUCCGUUCCGCCACCGUCUUCCACCAUCAUCCGCUUUCUCCAAUCUCACCCCCUCCAUCAUUUAUCUAUACUCUCCCAUCUUCUCGCCUCCUUCCAGUUUCUCGCAGACCCACUUUCACCGUCGCCGGAGCAGCUACCUUGACCGGUAAUUCCGUACCGCCAAGAAAUGGAGUCUUAAUUGUGGGCGAUUUCAUGACUACAAAAGAGGAGUUACAUGUCGUUAAGCCCACAACAACAGUAGACGAAGCUUUAGAAGCUCUUGUAGAACACAGAAUCACCGGAUUUCCUGUAAUUGAUGAUAACUGGAAAUUGGUUGGAUUGGUUUCAGAUUAUGACUUAUUAGCACUGGACUCUGUAUCAGGCCCUGCCCGACCUGAUACGGGCAUGUUCCCGGAAGUUGAUAGCACCUGGAAGACAUUUAAUGAAGUACAAAAUUUGCUAAGCAAAACUGAUGGGAAGUUGGUUGGUGAUUUAAUGACUCCUGCGCCAUUAGUAGUUCGUGAAAAUACUAAUCUUGAAGAUGCUGCCAGAUUGUUACUUGAAACCAAAUAUCGCCGCCUUCCCGUUGUAGAUGGGGAGGGAAAGCUGAUCUACUAUACUAUACUUAUCCAAUUGAGAUCAUGA